AUGAAGAUACCAAGCUCGAGAUUACUGCUCUUCACAUUCUCAGUCCUUUUCCUUUCACUCUCAGUCUCAUGCACAACUUCAAAUCCCGUUCUCGAUGACUUCCUCCAAUGCCUUCCGAAAUAUUCCAACUCCUCCUACCCAAUCUCCGAUCAAAUUAUCACCCAAGAAAGCACCAAAUUUCAAUCUGUUUUCCUGUCAUAUAUUAGAAACCUCAGACUUUUGACUUCCACAACUACAAAACCUUUGGCUAUUGUAACGGCCAACCAUGAAACCCAUGUCCAAGCAACCGUGAUUUGUGCAAAACAAAAUGGUUUGCACAUGAGAAUUCGAAGUGGUGGCCACGAUUACGAGGGCUUAUCCUUCAUAUCAUAUAUAUCAAAUGUUUCCUAUAUAGUCCUUGACAUGUUUAACCUUCGAUCGAUUAAUAUUAACGUUGAAGAUGAAAGUGCUUGGGUUGAGUCCGGAGCUAUCUUAGGUGAACUUUACUAUAACAUAGCGGAGAAAAGCAAAGUUCAUGCAUUUCCUGGGGGAGUUUGUCCAACCGUUGGUGUUGGUGGCCUUUUUAGUGGUGGUGGCUAUGGUCCCAUGAUGAGAAAAUUUGGGCUUACAGUGGAUAAUAUAGAAGAUGCUAGAUUAGUAAACGUGAAUGGUACAAUCCUUGAUAGAAGAUCCAUGGGAGAAGACCUGUUUUGGGCCAUUAGAGGAGGUGGUGGAGCAAGCUUUGGAGUCAUUCUUUCAUGGAAGAUCAAAUUACUUCCAAUUCCACCGAACGUGACUGUUUUCACAAUUACAAGGACACUGGAACAAGGCGCGAUAGAUGUUCUUUACAGGUGGCAGUACGUUGCGCCGAAGCUACCUAAAGACAUAUUCAUUAGAGCAACUUCACAACUCCAUAAUAGUACUGGCCAAGUGAGCAAGAAGACUGUGGAAGUGGUAUUCAAUGGUCUCUAUUUGGGACAAAAGGAAAGCCUUCUUGCUUUGGUAAACCACAGUUUUCCUGAACUAGGUUUGGAGCAAAAAUAUUGCAUUGAAAUGAGUUGGAUAAAUGCCACUUUAUUCUGGGCCGGCUACCCAGCUGGAACUCCCACAACUGUUCUUCUCGACAGGCCAAAGGCACCAGAAAUCUUGUUCAAAAGCAGGUCUGACUAUGUGAAAGAACCAAUUCCGAAAGCAGCACUCGAAACCAUAUGGCAGAAGAUACUUGCUAUGGAGAUGCUUCAGAUGCAGUUGAACCCUUAUGGUGGAAGAAUGAGUGAGAUUUCCGAGUCAGAGACUCCAUUCCCACACAGAGCUGGGAACCUGUUUAAGAUUCAGUAUUACACUCUUUGGGCGAAUGUAACGGACACGAAAAAGUACCUUGACUUGUCAAGCAAGUUUCGUAAAGCAAUGACUCCUUUUGUGUCCAAGAAUCCAAGAGAGGCCUUCCAGAACUACAGAGAUCUCGACAAUGGUGCCAAUUGGAAUAACCAGACUGACACCAAGACUGCUACGGUUUAUGGAAGAAAAUAUUUCAAAAACAAUUUUUAUAGAUUGGUAAGUGUGAAAACCAAGGUUGAUCCUGAAAACUUUUUCAGGCAUGAGCAGAGUAUUCCACCACUUCCCCAUAAAUAA